AUGGACAUACUGACCUCGACUUUUUAUUUUUUCAUUGCUCUUGGUAUACUGCUGAUCUUAUCCAAUGGCUAUUUCGCGUAUAUCCUCACAAGCCAAAGGAUGCUCUUACGGCGAUACUGCACGAUCGCAGUACAGUGCAUUGUAAACACAGCGGAAGGAAUUGCAUUACUGUCAUCAGGAAUAUCACGAUUAAUUAUUAUGAAGACGGGUUAUAAGGCGAAAACCAGUAAGCGAAUUUGCAUGCUUGCACCAUGGAAUUUGAUUUUCAUUUGGGCUGAGCCAAUGCAGGCAGUAUCGCUGUUGAUGGUUGGCAUUGACAGAUUUUUUGCCGUAUUUUUACCUAUAUUGUACUUUCAAAAACAUUUCACAAUCCAGAUCAUUGAGGUUUGCUCAUUGUAUGGAUUCUUUGCUAUUUUCGCAUACAAUGCAGAAACAGUUUUCACGAAAAUUAAGCUUGAUUUUUCAUGA